AUGAAACCAGGUUAUUUUAAAUUUUUGUCCCUCAUUCUACUAUUAAAAAUGAAGAACAUUUUUUUUGAAUCUUUAUUUGUUUCUUCUGUCAAUUGGAUUAUUCAACAAUACAAGAUAAAUUUCAACAUUUUGAAUUUGCAAUGUGGUGCACUAACUGGAGGAAUCACAAUAAAAUGUGAUAUUAGUAACUCUAUCACAGAAAUUUAUUUUGAAGAUGAUAAUAGCCCGUUUGUUGACAAUGGACAACCAAAUAAGACUCUUGAUACUUUUACUUUCCCAAAGAUGACCAGAUUCUCAUUUAACAAAAAACAGAUUUCCAUCUAUGAUCCAACUUUAAGUUUAAUCAAUUUAAUUAAACCGAUUGGAUUCCCGGCUUUAAAUUAUCUCGUCCAUGUUGACCAUGAAAUGACCACUAUUCCACCAGCUAUAAGUCAGCUUCCUUUACUGACUUCUCUAACACUAAGUGCAAAUCUUGCAUUGAGUCCUUUGUUAUCAUUAGAAUACAACCCAAAUGCAGUUUCUAGAAUUUCUUAUUUGAAUAUCGGUUUAGGAAUGAAUGAUACCUCUAUCACUUUUGAUUCAAGUAUAUUAAUGCCAAAUAUUCAAACUCCUCUUGUUUUGACUCUUACUUUGUUUAAUAAGAAUACUUUUAUAAAUAUUGAUACAACAUAUUUAAAAUCACUUCAAGUAUAUAGUUACACAGAAAGUACUGUCACUCCUCCUGGUUUUACUUUAAGUGGUUCAAAGGCGGACGCUUUCUAUUUAUUAGAUAUUAAUGGUCCGAUAUCAUCUUUUUCACCUCAGAAUCUUUCAAUAUAUAGUUUGGGUAUAUUUAGUUCUUCACGUAAUAAUGUAUUUUCUGAUUUCCCAUACUCUGUCAUUUCAAAUAAGACAGCUUCAAUUGGAUAUUCUUAUUCAAAUCUUGCGACAUUCCCAAUCUUUACUGUACAAACCCCAUUUACUAGAUCUGCUUCAUUAUCAUUGUUUGGUAAUAAUCUUAGUGGUACAGUUCCAGAUUCUUAUUAUGAUUCAAUAUUUAACUCAAUCAAUAUUGGUGGCAACGUUGGUAUAACUAACAUCACAGAUGAAGCAUGUCAUGCUACAGCUAUAUUAGCACAAUCUACCUCUCUUCAAGAUAUUCCAGAAUGUUUCAAAUGCUAUUUAAAAGCAUAUAAUGUACCUGGUGCUUCUGAUUUUAGAAGUACCCCUUUCUUUCAAACAUUUAAUCCUUCUACAUAUUCAUGUAAAUUAAAUUAUACCAAGCAUUAUGUAACUUAUGAUCCUAAUAAGAUUACAAUUGUUGGAAGUAAUUUGGGUUGGGCUUACCGAAAUGACUAUGACCCAAGACUUACAUUAUUGAAGAUCAACGAGAAAUUCUUGUUUAAUAUUACUGGUUUGCCGAAUAAAGCAAAUGUUGUACUCUCUAUCGCCGCGAAUGUAUCGAUUGAUAUCACUUGGGAAAUUAGAAGUAUCGUUAUACUAGAGGCCAGCCUAUACCAAACUCCAAGUGGUGUUUUCAUUCAAUCAACGCUCAAUUUAACCUUUGGUUUCAAUAUGUAUUUAGACUAUUGGUUAGAUGGGGCACAGUGUGUUUCAGUAGGAUUGGCACUCUCUCCACCAACUUCGAAUUUGGCAAUUGGUCCACCAGAUAUUUAUAAAUACGAUAGUUUAUGUGAUCCAGUCCAAGGUGGUCUAAAGAAUAUUACAAUUAGUGAUCCUUACAGCGCAGUCUCGGUAAAUUCUAAUUUAGUUUUGGAAUUCCCUAUUGUAACCGCAGCGUCUGGACUUACGGUAGAUGGAGGUGUUGUCACUCUCUCUGGUAGUUUCUCAGGUACAAGCAAUACUUCUACCAUGAUUGGAGGCAAACCUUGUUUAAAGACUGACGAUGGCCCCUUCUUUAUCACAUGCUACAUUGAAGGACCUUUUUCAGUCGGUUACCAAUCUCUCAAUGUCUCUGACCGUGGAUUCUACUUUGUAUCCAACUCGGUUGUGGUAAUUCUUCCUCCACCUGAGGACACCAUUGACUAUUGUAAGAGAAUCUAUGAAAAUUGUUCUGGGCAUGGACAGUGUAGUGAAGAAGGAAAAUGUGUAUGUGACAAAGGAAGUGGUUACUAUGGUGUCAAAUGUAAUCAACAAAUUGCAACUGGUCCAAACAUCAAUGUCAACAAUACAACGCCAUCAGCUUCAAUCAAUUACAAAGGAUUCAACUUUGAUUUCUCGAUUGUUGCAAUUCAAGAGAUUGAUGAUACCGAAGCUAUUCUAAAGGAAAUACCGAUGACUAGCAAUUGGACAAUAGAUCAAAUCACCAAUGUAGAUGGUCUAUCAUCAGUAUACUAUGUGUUUGACACCAGAAAUCAAGUCGCUAAUCUUUCAAUUGAAUCGGUAGUUCUAAUUACAAACACAUCGACCUCUGUAGAAAUUGGAUUUGGAGGACAAGUAAUUGACUUGGCACCCAAUUCCAUCAAGAUUUCCGUCAAUAUUACUGGAUGGGUCUAUCAGACUUCGCUUUCACAUCUUAGAGUUGUUUACAGGUCACCUUUAAGUUUAGAUUCCUGUUCGAAUGAACCGAUUUCAAUUACCAAGGAUAAAGAUGACAUAACAGUUCAAUUCCUCCGCGUUUUUAGCAACGAUGUAGAGUUCUUCGGAAGAUUCACCAAUAUUGCAGUUUCCAAUGGAAGACCCACCUAUUCUUCUGUUCAACUUAUCAACCAAACUAUAUCACCGAACGCCAGUGAAAGUCAUGUUCUACUUGGUAUCAAUAUUCCAAUGUGUAGAGAAUGUUUGAUUGACCCAGACUUUAGUGCUUUAGUCAACGUCGACAACCAAGAGAAAACAUGUGGUGAAAAGUCAUCGAAUACAUGGAAGAUUAUUGUUGGAGUUGUAGUUGGAGGUGUUGUUUUGAUAGCAGCGUUAGCAACUGCAACUGUAUUAUUUAUGAAAAAGAGAAAAUUCAAAAAGGAUGCCAAGCGAAUGGAGGCAAAAUUAAAGAGACACACAUCAACCAUACAAACUAAUAAAGAAUAA